AUGCAAUCAUCAUUAUCAACAUUAAAUAUAUCAAAGUUGAUAUCAACAGGAUUACCAUCAUUACUAUUAGCAUCGUCUGCACUGUACAUUGGUUAUAGUCUAUAUCAAAGAAAGCAGACAGAUGAUAACCUUAAAAAGAAUAUCUAUAUUGAACCAAUCAUUGAUUCAUUACUAGAUCAUUUUAAACAACAGCAACAACAACAACAACAACCAAUAGAUAAUAAUAAUACAAUCGAUAUUAUUCUAAUACAUGAUAAUGAAAUUGAUAAUGAAUUGAUAGAUGAAAUAGCACAAAAGUUGUAUAAAUCAUUUACUGCAAGUGGAAGCAAUGUAUAUAGAGAGUGGUUGAAUAGAAUGAAUAAGACAGUCAGUGUUUUCAGUAUAACAAAAGAGGAGUUCGUGCACUACAACCAAUACAAUGCAAACAGAACAUCUAUAACAGCAAUCGUCAACAUAGAGAGUAGCUACCCAACAUCAAUUACAACACAACUCUCACUGUGUUCGAAAUCUGCUAAACUACUGCUGUUAAAUCAUCCUUUUAUUACUAUAUUUAAUCAUAAGAUUUCAACAUCCGACAACAAAAACACCAGCACAACAAACAACAAUACCGAUAUUGAAUUACCACUAAAUACAUCGGAAAUACAGACUAUCUAUAAUUUAUCUGGUUUCAGCAAUGUAAAAAUAACACAAUUUGUAAAUGGUCAUCCGAUGACCUUAUUAACUUCGACAUCACCCAAUUGGAAAGUUGGUGUAUCCGAUACAAUUAAAUUAUCUUGA